AUGGCUUCUCUCACUAUGCUGCUGUACCCGCCUCUGCUGGUGCUUUGCGCUGCUCUCACAAGCGCUAUCCACCUCUGUCCCCUCCUUGGACCUAGCUGGCCUGCGGCCACAGAUAUCUCCAACGAUCCUACAGUCCAGUCGGCGCUGCAGAACAUCACCACGACUAUUCAGGAUGCUAUCAACGCCGGAAACUUUUCUGGAGAUUCCCUGUCUUUGGUGAUAUUUGACACAAGUGAUCCUGGUCCAUUGCUCACUCUGUCCUACACGGCCGAUGCUAUCAAUACCACCAUUGGCGUGAAGGAGGUUGACGAGAACACCGUUUUCCGCAUUGGCAGUACCUCUAAGAUGUUCACUAUGCUUCUGCUGCUAAUUGAAGCCGGUUUUAAUCCCUUGGAAGACCCGGUUGCUGAGUACGUACCUGAAAUUCAGGCGGCUAUUUUUGAUCUUCUCCGGAAUUCCACACAAAGACAAGAUGGGAUCGACUUUACAACGUGGAACGAAGUGACGGUUGGAGAGUUGGCGAGUCACUUGGCUGGUAUACCAAGAGACUAUGGUGUCCUUGAUCUCACUGAGCAAGCUCCCUUGCUUGAAUCACUGGGAUUUCCCGCCCUGCCACACGCGCAGAUUCCGCCCUGCGGUAAUUCUUCAAUGGGUUACUCCAGGCCCACCCUAUUUUCCCCCACAUCCUCCACACCGAUCUACUCCAAUGCUGCCUUCCAGAUCCUUGGAUAUGUCGUGGAGGCGCUUACUAGUAGAGAUUUCGAUAAUUCAUCCCUAUUUCGCAAGGCGAAUACUGGUGGGAUUUCAAUAUUGGGGAAGAGGGACCUGCCGGCGGCAUCUACUCAUCCGCAAAAGGAUAUGUCCAUCUUUGGUCGUGCCAUUCUCAAUAGCUCUCUUCUGCCCCGGUCAACCACAAGACGGUGGAUGAAACCGCUUACUCACACAUCAUCCCUGGAUUACGCUGUUGGCGCGCCAUGGGAGAUUCUGUCAUUCGGCGACGAGCGGCCGAUUGACCUCUACACCAAGUCAGGAGACAUCGGCACAUACUCGUGUGUGCUAGCUCUGGACCCAGACCACGGCGCAGGCUUUGUAGUCCUCGGGGCCGGUGACAACACCCACGUGUCUCUUGCCCUCGCCUCGGAUCUCGUUUCUGCAAGUCUGCUCCCCGCACUUGAAAAGGCCGCCAAGAACCACGCGAACACGCGUUUCGCAGGAAAAUAUGCUCUGAACACCGGCAACUCCUCGAUCACUAUCACCACAGAUGAUGGACCUGGCCUAGCCGUCACAAGCUGGGUCAACAACGGAACUGAUAUGUUCCCAGGCUACAUGACCCUCAACGGCAUCUCCGAUCCCUCUCAGUUGAGCAUCCGCCUGUAUCCGACCGGUCUUGAGAGUCCAGGACAGCUUUCCCUUUCGGGCGACCUUGGGACUGGAAUUGGGCCAUUCACCUCAUCUUGCAUCACCUGGGUCACUGUUGACUCAUUGGUAUACGGCAACGUGGGCCUCGACGAGUUUGUUUUCAAAUUGGAUAAGAAUGGCAAUGCAGUUAGCGUUUCUCCGAGGGUCUUGCGCACGGUUCUUCCGAAAACUAGUGGCCCCAUUUGUUAA